AUGGAGGUUUCUGCCUCCGGCUGCUCCAGGUUCCGCAUCGACUCCCUGCUCGCCCUCAGGCCGCCCGGCGCGCUCCUCUCCCGGACAGACCCCCCGGAGCUCAGCCCGGGCAGCAGCAGCGGCUGUUCGGCGCCUCCUUCCCCGCGGAGAGAGCCCGUUCCCCGGCUGGAGUCUCCUCUGCUGGCCGGUCAGCCCCAGCCCCGCUCCGUCAGCUCCUCCUUCCUGAUCCGGGACAUCUUAGCGGACUGUCGGCCUUUCUCUGACCCGGGACAGGCUGAACUAGAAGCCGAGCCGUUUCAGUCCGGACAGGAUGGAGACUACCAGGAUAAAAGUCUGAGCAGCUCCUGUUCUGACAGUGAGUCCAGAGUACGUGGCGGGACCUCGGACCCUGCCGCAGGCCGCCUGAAGAAGCCUCGUAAAGCUCGGACGGCGUUCAGCGACCAGCAGCUGUCACGGCUGGAGAGAAGCUUCCAGAAGCAGAAAUACCUGAGCGUCCAGGACCGGAUGGAGCUGGCUGCUUCACUGCAACUCAGUGACACCCAGGUGAAGACCUGGUACCAGAACAGGAGGACCAAGUGGAAGCGUCAGUCAGCUGUUGGUCUGGAGCUGCUGGCUGAGGCCGGCAGGAUGUUCCUGCCCACACACUACCUGUACCCGCCUGCCCCGCCCACAAUGGACCUAUACCUGUACAGAAGCCACACCCACCAGCACGCAGCCCCACCCCUGCUGCCCCACAUCCUGACCCACACUGAACCACACCCCCGCUGA